AGAGAUUUCAAAAUGCAAAGCGUACAAAGAGAAGAAAGCGAAUAGACAACAUAGAGUGAAGAAAAGAAAACCAUACGAAUUUUUGCUUGGAAAAAAUCCAUAAAAUUGCACAAAACAAAAAAGUAUACAAACAAGGAAAAAAUCAUUGAAAGCUGAAAGGAAAAAUUAACAUUCGAUUAAAUUUUAUUACACAAAAUCUAUAGAUAAAUUGAAGAAUAAUAAAAAAAUGGCACAAAAUAUAAGUCCUGAACAUAGUGGACUCUCAGGCGGUUCUCAGGGUGUUAAGCAUAAUGAUGAUUCAGUACCUAUAAAGGAUAAUCAUGCUGUUAGUAAAAGACUGCAAAAAGAACUGAUGAGUUUAAUGAUGACCACCGAAAAGGGCAUAUCGGCCUUUCCCGAUGGUGAGAAUAUCUUCAAGUGGAUUGGCACCAUAGCCGGACCUGUGAAUACAGUCUACGCUACACAAAAAUAUCGUUUAUCAUUGGAAUUUCCCAAUUCGUAUCCGUAUGCACCGCCAGUAGUAAAAUUUCUAACACCCUGCUUUCAUCCUAAUGUGGACUUACAAGGUGCCAUUUGUUUAGACAUAUUAAAGGACAAAUGGUCUGCUUUGUAUGAUGUACGCACCAUCCUCUUGUCCAUACAGUCUCUAUUGGGUGAGCCCAACAACGACAGUCCCUUGAACGCGCAGGCAGCGAUGAUGUGGGCCGAUCAGACGGAGUACAAAAAAUACCUUGAUGCAUUCUAUGAAAAACAUCAAGAUACAUAAAUAAGUUUUCAUUGAUUACACGUCAUCAUCCCCUUCAAGCUAAAACAAACAAUUUAUACCAAGCCAUCCUUUUUAUUGAUUUUAGAGCAAAUGUUUGUGUGUAUGGGAAUUUUUAUGUUUUAUUGCAACUAAUUGUUUAAAACUAGUUCUAUUUAGCAUUAUUUCUUAAACGUCAUUAAUUUCUUUUGAAUCUUUAGCCUUAAAAAAAGUUGUAAUAGAGUUGGUUGCCUCCCCCUCAUAUCAUGCAGUUUAAAUUUAGUUGAAUCUCUUUUUUUAAACAAAUCUUAUACUACUUGGAAAAUCUUUAUUACGAAGCUUAAAAACUUGAAAUUUUUAUUAUUAUAAUUUAUAUUUUAUUUGCAUUUUUCUUAAUUCAAAACAAAAACAUUGACUUCACUAAGUAUUAAUUCAAAAUUUUUUUAUCGAAGUCUUUUAUUUCGAAAUUUUAUUGUCUUUGAGAUUUAAAACUAAAAACAUACCAAUAAAAAUAUUGUAACAUCUUUUAAGUUUAUGUUAAAAAAUUGUAUUUCAAUUCUAGUGCCCAACAAAAAUUUACGUGGAAAGUUAACCCGCUUUUAGUUUUUAUUAGGGUGAUCGACUAGGGGUUUCAACCGGUUAAUAAGCACAGUUUUGAAUACUAUUUGCUUUAUAUGAGAUACCCGGUUUUUGGAUAUCUGUAGAAUAAUCGAUCACCUUUCUAUUUAUACAUUGGAAUUUGUGUAAGUCCAUGUCAUAAAAAUUUUUCGCUGGAUUGGUUCUUUGUUUUGCAGGGUGUCAAGUGUUUGGAGAAAGUGUGGUAAAAUAUUUAUAUAUUGCCUUGGGGAACUCCUGACCAACCUGCAGUAAAAUUAUAACAAAAUUGCUUGAAGUAUUGCCCAAAAGCCAUUUCCAAAUUAUUUUGUAGUUUACUUAAUUUUUAUAUAAAUACAAUAAAAUUUCUUUAUUUCUAACAACACA